AUAAUAAAAAGUGAAUAAUUUAAAAUUAGUUGAAUUAAAUCUAGGGAUUUUUAUUUCCAAACAAUCAAACAUAACGUCUAAAAGGCGUGGCUGUCAUCAAUUUUAUCACAACCCAAACAAAAACAUGUUUAAUCUGGUUUUAUCGACGAUUUUAAUCUUAUCUUCACCAGUAUGGUCACAAAGAUCUCCUACGAUAUCAUAUAUAUCCCAAGAAGUAAUCGUGGAUAUAGGGGGUACGGCUCAAAUGCAAUGUUCAGUACAAUACGUGCAUGAAUACCCGGUGGUUUGGAUGAAAUUAGAUCAAAAUGGAGGAGGUCAAGGAGUUCCAAUUUCAACGGGGGCGACCCUAAUCGUUCAUGAUUCACGAUUUUCUCUCCGGCAUGAUCAAGGAAGCUCAACCUAUACGUUACAAAUUAAAGAUAUCCAAGAAACUGAUGCUGCUGUUUACCAGUGCCAAGUUAUUAUAUCUGUUAAUAACAAGAUUUCAGCGCCUGUUUCGUUAUCGGUGAGGAGGCCCCCGGUUAUUAGCGAUAACUCAACUCGAUCGGUGAUUGUUUCUGAAGGACAAUGUAAGUAUUUAAGUAAUUCUUUUUAUAUUUCAAGGAUUUAAUCUUUAUCUGUCAAA